AUGGCGGACCAGUUUUAUCUGGAAAAUAUAGACGAGUUCGUCACGGACCAGAACAAGAUCGUGACAUACAAAUGGCUGAGCUAUACACUAGGAGUUCAUGUUAAUCAGGCCAAACAGAUGCUCUAUGAUUACGUUGAAAGGAAGCGAAAGGAAAAUUCAGGAGCCCAACUGCAUGUCACCUAUUUAGUGUCUGGCAGUCUCAUUCAGAAUGGACAUUCUUGCCACAAGGUUGCAGUAGUGAGAGAAGAUAAAUUGGAAGCAGUGAAGUCCAAGCUAGCGGUGACUGCCAGCGUACAUGUGUACAGCAUCCAGAAAGCCAUGCUAAAGGACAGUGGGCCUCUGUUCAAUACCGACUAUGACAUCCUUAAAAGCAACUUGCAGAACUGCAGCAAGUUUAGUGCCAUCCAGUGUGCAGCUGCAGUCCCUAGAGCCCCUGCUGAAUCCUCAUCUUCUGAAACGUUUGAGCAGUCAGAUCUUCCGGUAUCACCUGAGACACAAGCCAGUAAUGAGUUGACCACCAAUGGUCAUGGCCCACCUAUCCCCAAACAGAGUUCCCAGCAGCCCAAAGGAAUCAUGGGCAUGUUUGCUUCUAAAGCUGCUUCUAAAGCCCAAGAUGCCAAUAAGGAAACCAAAACAGAGGCUAAAGAAGUAACGAAUGCAUCUUCGGUAGGCCCCAAGGCACCAGGGAAAGGGAAUGUCAUAAGCAAUUUUUUUGGAAAAGCUGCUAUGAAUAAACUUAAAGUCAAUUUGGACUCAGAACAAGAAGUGAAAGAAGAAAAAAAAGUGGAGCAACCUCCACUGUCUGUCACGGAACCAAAGCUGGCAGCCCCUGUGGGCCUGAAGAAAUCUAGCAAAAAAGCAGAGCCUGUUAAGAUGCAACAGAAAGAAAAAAAGAGGAGGAAGCAAGUGGAGUUAUCUGAUGAUGAGACAAAAGAAACUGAAAACAUGAAGAAAAAGAGGAGAAGAAUCAAACUUCCUGAGUCUGAUAGCAGUGAAGAUGAAGUCAUACCAGACUCUCCUGGAGCUUAUGAAGCUGAGUCACCAUCCCCACCUCCCCCUUCUCCUUCUCCUGAACCAGUGCUGAAGACUGAGCCGGAGCCGCCUCCUGUCAAGGGCUCCAAUGGAGAAAACAAAAGAAAACGAAAACGUGUGCUAAAAUCUAAAACCUUUAUGGAUGAGGAGGGCUGCAUGGUGACUGAGAAAGUCUUUGAGAGUGAAUCCUGCACAGAUAGUGAAGAAGAGCUUAAGAUGAAGACUUCCUCUAUCCAUAGGCCUCCUGCCAUGGCUGUGAAAAAGGAACCCAAAGAGGAACGAAAAGGCCCCAAGAAGGGAACUGCUGCUAUGGGCAAAGCCAAUAGACAAGUGGCCAUUACUGGCUUCUUUGCGAGAAAGUGA